AAUAGUUAUCAAUCACAUGUUUUGACAGUUGCUGAGAAGAGCAAUGUCCGAUAUAUAAGGCCGCGAGAAUUCUACGUCAGUUUGUUCUCUUGAAAACGAGAGGCCAUUAGUGGGGCUGUAGCGGUGGGAUUUCAACGUCACCGUCACACUAUCAAUUCACUUUCGAGACCCCACUGUUGGCUCGCUCCUGGAGAUACCAGACUCUCUUCAAGGACUUAAUUUCACGUCGGCGAAGAACUGACGCAAACCUAACUGAAAAUUUCAGUGGACUUUUCUUGGAAGUUUUGUGAUUUUAGAGAUGUCGUCUGUUUGGGGAAUUCUGCUUCUGUUUGUGACCGUCCUUGCUGAUCCGUCGAAACUCUUGGAUAUUGGAAUCAACAAACAUGUGGACAGCAGAGUGCGCCUUCCACAACAAUGUGCCAUUGCAGCAGCGGCAUCACGAUUCAGCUACAACCCAGUAGCGGAUGACGGUCCUUCCAAAUGGACACUUGCGGCUGACUGUUGUGUGGGCGAAUGGCAGUCUCCUAUUAAUAUUGAAAUCGCCAGCUGUAAAUGUAGCCAGUCACACAGGAUAAGGUAUACCACGGAACCUGUCGGGCCAAUACGAGGGAAGCUGUAUAACACAGGGUAUGCGGUGUCUAUAGACUUUAGCAACAGUGUAUCCCCGGCACUGCUGGGAGUUCCCUAUUGGGAGAGUUCAGAGUAUGUCCUGGCGCAGCUGCACUUUCACGCGGGUAACCGCACAGGACAUGGCUCAGAGCACGAGGUGGACAGCGUGGGCUACGACGGAGAGCUUCACUUGGUCCAUUACAAGAGGGAGUACGGUAGCGUGUCGGAGGCCGUCAAGCGACAUGAUGGCCUCGCUGUUGUUGGAAUUUUCCUUCAGUUGUCCCACGUGUCCCCAAAUGCUGAAAUGAACCGUCUCAUACGGGUUUGCGGGCUGGCUGGAGGUAAAGGCAACAAGAUACCCUUCUCAGUGGAUGUUCGUCAGCUGUUUCCAUGGCAGAAGGACUUCUAUGCAUACCACGGGUCACUGACCACGCCUCCGUGUUCUGAGUCUGUGCGCUGGAUGGUGAUGAAGGACCCAGUAUUUAUCAGCCGUGACAAGCUUCUGAUACUGCAGAGUUCCCGGAUGUCUGACGGCAGUUACCUGGGGCAACACAGCAAUGUCCGACCGGUGGUGCCACGGGCCGGACGCCAGGUGGAGGCUAACUUCCAUUGCUGACGAAGAACGUCGGACAUUGUGGAGAAGUUCUUCAUCACACAACAACAGGAGAAGGAUCGUGGACACAUUACACAAUAGUACAAUAGGUCAUAACAGAAGGACACUGAAGAUCAGUUCUAACCCGGAUCUUUGCAGGAGACAUUUAUGUAUGUUCAGUCUUGUAAUCUAUGUUUAGACGUGUCUGCACCCCCGUCCAUCUUCCCGACAACCCAACAGAUUAAUCUGUCAGAACAGGGUGAUGUACAAAAGUAAACGAUGUUGGUGAAUGUUUGUGCAUAUCGAUAUUUUCAGUUACUAAAUUACUUAGAUGAACCUUAAAAUGCAAUCUUUGAUUGUGUAUUAUAACUAUAUGCACAUUAAUAACCUUAUCGAUGAUGUGAUUGGCAACAAGAUAAAAUAAGUUCCAUAUUUAUUGAAUAAAGUUGAAUUAACGAUCCCUGAGUUACUUAAAUCUAGCCACCGUGUACUUAUUCCAAGCGUUGAACAUCGCUGGGGUUACUACCGUAAAUCCUAAAAAGAAGUUAUAACACUGGUGUAAUGUGCAGAAAGGGAAUUCGACGAAUUUGGAUCACGUGUUACUUUAGGUCCUCGCGCCUUUUGGAAUCGCUCGAUGUAAUCCUUGAUUACAUGCCCAGGGAUUUAACGUUUCAGCUCGUUUAAAUACGUAUCAGUGGUUCAUGGAACAGAAGUAGAAAUGCGAACAUAGUAUCUGAAGUAUCUACAACGAUAUGGUAAUGGAUUACGUAGAAAUAUUAGUGCCUUUAGUGAACACUGUUAGGUACCAUUGUUAGGUUAUUUGAUGACUGUUAAAAGACCAGAUAAAAACCAAAAAUGAGUUACUAAAUCUGUACUUUAUGGGGUUUUUCAAACAACCUACUUCAUGACAACGUCAUGUAUGUUGAUGGUUGACAAUUAAUUAAUCUAUUUAAAAUCUCCCAUCAAUCACAAAAGUAGGACGAGCCCCCUGGUGAUUUUCCAAGCAUAACGUUACUUGAAAGAAUGCACACGAGGUAUACACAAUAGAUAUAAACAGAUAACUGUUUUGUUAAAGAAGUUUGGUUUCAUUAUCUUUAGAAUCCACAAUUUCACCUUUUACCGUGAUUUACCACACCUUUAUAACUGAUACCAAAUUAUAAGUACGAAGGAACGGUUCCUGGUCUUUCCAUAACCUUUUCAUUUCAACAUUUGCAGGGUUCUGAAUUGUUGCUCGAGAGCAUUCUUGAAAUUUGUAUUUUUAUGCUAUACAGGUAUUUGCUAACAAACUGUCACUGAUAUCUUGUCCAGUUAUCUAGGGUGCGUUCAGUUAUUAUCACGUUUGUUGAAGGAUCCUAGCGUUUUAAUUAAUAUUUUAUUGAUGAUUUUGACCAGAAUUGUUGGUUCCAAUGCCAUAUUCAUACUGAUUAUGACACUUGAUUUCUCAGCACUAUAUUCGUGGGUUUCAACGAAGUGGUAUACCUGAGUUGCUGUUUAAAUCUGCGUUAUAAAUAAAGUGCGGAAAUAACAAAAUGGAAUAAGACAUUGUAAAUGAAACACGACAACAAAUAAGUAGUUGCCUUCAGCUUAUCCAAAAAAGGGAUUUCAAGACACCCGACCGUUUAUUCAUCUUGGGAUUCUGAAUAAAAAAGACCAAAAUGACCUCCACAUCCCUCACAAAAAAAGUUGUAUUUCAGGAAUGGAUCGGUGAUCACGCCAAUCAACUGCUUUGGGGUGGUAUAUUUGACCUAGGAUGAAUUCGUUUUACGCUGAUGCGGGAUGCCAUGAAUCAUCUUCUUACCUCAAUAUUAUGGUAAAUGUUGGUCAUUUUAAAUGAUUGUUGAAUAAAAUGGUUUUGCUUGUUAUAA